AUGCUUGACCUUGCAGACGAAGAGAUGCUUCGUCAGGCACAGACGGUGAGGACACAAAUGUUUGGCAAUCCCACGGGCGUGGAGCGUGAUCUGGCACAAGCUCUCCAUGUCAACGACAGUGCCACAUUUGGGUGUCUGCCCGAAGGAAACAAAACAGAAGGCCACUUUCACGUAAUGGGCGUGUUCAAUUACAUGAUUGGGAAGCGAGGCGACGGCAGCGCCAAAAUCUGGUCGUUUUAUGAGCUCAAGUACCCGCGCAUUGAAGCCGCACGUGAAGCAGAGGCAGUGAAGCCGCUCACGCAGUACCCGGGCGACCUUGUCUAUAUUCCGCCAGGGUGGGGACACGAGGUUUACACUUGCAGCGGGACCAACAAAGGAACGAGGCGUCAACAUAACAAGUACACGUCUCAUUUUGUGUCGUGGAUCAUGCCGCGCGACUACAUAGGCACCAAGCAGGGAUUUGCCCACCUCGCCCACUUCAUGAGCGGCCGUCGCCUUCUAGCGAAAGUGGGGACGGGCCUGGCGGGCGCGCCUCCAAAAAUGAUCUCAAGAAGCGUCUAG